CAUUGAACCCUUUCCAAGCUUCCAACACAUCCUCAGGCUACAUUUUAGCAAAGAUGGCAGAUUUUAUACAGGCUCUUGACCCAGCAAAACUAGUCCUCGCUGAGACAGCGCUGGCCUUCAUAAUUAGCCCUUUUACUGUCCCAGCAUACAACCUGCCUAUCUUCCUCUUCGGUUCGUAUGUACAGGAAAGCAGCGAUGCGGCACAGUCCCUGACCUUGUUUGCGGGCUUGUUAUCGGCGUCGUUAUUCUAUGACGUACUGUGGAUGUUCAACAAUGAACAAGCUGGCUUCCUUAGGUUACUUACCGUUGUCCUCUUUCUUCUGAAGAUACCAACCGCCGGCGCCUUCUUGAUUGCUAUGCGUCAACGCGGGGGACAGUUCCCCGGCCUUGGAACUGAUAUCAAUGGUCCUACGGUUUGGUCUAUGCCUGGGGGUUUCACCUCCGGUGGUCGAGAUGGCUACCAGACAGUGGAAGACGAGACUCCGCGUGGUCCUUCAAAAGCUGCCUCUGUACCAGCACCACAGCCUGCCAACCAGUCGGGCGCAUACCAAGCUGUCUGAAAAUUGCCUAAAAUCUUGGCAUUGGGGUGUCUUG